UUCCAGCAACAAUAAGGUUUUUGAGAUUUUAUUCCCAUUUUGGUGUCUAAAGAUCUCUUAUAUUUGGUGAAUUUCGGUUUUAGUGGUUUUAUCAAUGUUAACUUAUGUCCUUGGUGAUGCUCUAGAAUGGGUUGAUGGUUGGAGAAGAGGUCGAGAGGAGGGGAGAAGGAAAGGUGACUUGUUGGGGAAAAAAGUUAUGUUUUUGUUUUUCUAAUUAUUUUCUUUGGUGCGUUGAGGGAUUUUUCCUUUUGAGAUUUCAGGCAGUUUGAAUUCUUGAAAGUGGAAAGGGCGUAGAGAAAGAAGACAUGAUUCAAGUAGAUAGACAAGGUUUUGAUAUUUAUAUUGCAACAAUAGCUGAAGUCUCAGGGAAAAUUUUGAAGAUCAGAUUCUUAGGUUGUCAAGGAUGGCAGACACUAAAUCUAUUGGUAAGAGGUGGGAAGACAUGGACAUUGAUGUCCUAGUGAAGAUGUUCAAGGAAUUGAACAUGAUUGAGCUGGCUCCAGUUUCUCAAGUUUGUCGGUCAUGGCGCUUGGCUUGUUCAGAUCCAUUGAUAUGGAACACUCUUGAUCUAGGGCUUUUGAAAUCUAAUUUUAUUCCAACCAGGGCAUCACCAUACAUCUGGGUGAAUGAAAGGUCUGACCGGAGGCUGACACAAGUAUUGAGGAUUGCAAUGGCGCUCAGUCGUGGAAAUGUGACCUGCAUGAUAUACCACUAUAAUCUAUAUAUGAACGAUGAGCAUCUGAGUUACAUUGUUGAGAGGUCUCCUCAUCUCAAACGACUAGUUAUGCCAGCUUGGAACCGCAUCACUAAAGCUGGUAUCCGUCGGGCUAUACAGAGGUGGGAAAAGCUGGAAUCGCUGACAAUGCCUGCAAUCGCUCAUCCCCCUUAUAUCUUGGAAGCAAUAAGCAGGAGCUGCAAAAACUUCUCAGAACUCAAGAUCAUGGGUACUUUUGAUGUGUACUUUGCGUCAGCUAUUGCUUCCAGUCUUCCAAAGCUGAAAGUGUUAAGCGUGCGAUGCUCUAUAAUUUCAAAGGAAGCCCUGCUGCUUAUUUUGAACGUCAUGGAUAAUCUGGAGGUACUCAAUAUAUCUCACUGCCUUCUGGAGGGCCACACAGCUGCAGGACAGAAACAGGUGUUCAGGGAACUAGACCACUCCAUUUGUGAAAGAGCUUCCAGGUUACGUGAAUUCUUCCACUGUCAGAGCAGCUCAUGCACUACAUGUCGGAGGAUGAUCAAGGAUGAAGGUUUUAUGAGGUGGUACCAGUAUGAAACCUGGUUUUGGCGCCAGGAUGAGGUGAGCUCUCUUGAUUUGGGAGAUUAUGGAAGGUUGUUUGAUGAGGACAUGAGCAAAAGGUUGCAAGACUGAUUCUCAGUGAUAAUGCAGAAAAUAUUUUGAGGAUGCCAACCUUCAUCAGGGGGGUUUCCAAGUAGUUGUUCCUAAUGAGCAUACAGUCGUAACAGCUUUAAAACUCUUACAUCUAGAGUUGUUUUAGGGCCUUCUUAUAUAUGAGCAGCAGCAUGAUUUUGAUGGUGUUUGGUAUACUUGAGAAAGUAGGUAUGGGUGGAGUAACUAUUGCCACUAUUUCUUAUGAUCCGAAUGAAUCAGUUUUUGAACA